AUGGAUAUUGCACCAAUAUCACUUGGUAUUGAAACAGUUGGUGGAGUUAUGGCACCAUUGAUAUCAAAAGGCACACCAAUUCCGAUAAAGAAAUCACAAGUGUUUUCAACUUAUCAAGAUAAUCAUGAUCAAGUUUUAAUUAAAAUUUAUGAAGGUGAACAUUCAAUGACAAAAGAUAAUGGUUUAUUAGGUAAAUUUAAUCUUUCUGGAAUUUUACCAUCCCUUAAAGGUGUUCCAAAAAUUGAAAUAAACUUUAAAAUCGAUGUCAAUGGUAUUUUACAUGUAACUGCAUUUGACUUGAAAUCUGGAUCUGAACAAUCAAUUACAAUUUCAAAUGAUCAUAAUCGUUUUUCAUAA